GGUUGUUACACAAGUGCGUAGAUGCGUGUCAAUUUGGAACUGUGCUGAAAUAAGGUGUUUCCAAUAGGAAUACUGCAACAUUUGGCGAUUUGGUUCGGCAAAAAUUGAGCGUUCAACGAAUUACAGUUAAAAACAGAGAGUAGGCGAACCAAGUAAUUCAUUGGCAGAGGGAGCUGAAUCACUUUCAAUCGCAGCAAGUCUCGAAUGUCGGAGGAAAUUUAUGGUGAGUGAUAUUGCCAUGAUGAAGCGUCGUUCGCUGGCCGGGAACUGCGGUGUGGGAGUGUUCGUGAUAGCCCUUGUGACGGUGCUGGUUGCCUUUGCGACUCCGAGCUGGCUGGUGAGUGAUUACCGCAUCACCGGUGCUAAACUGGACCGGCUGGGACUGUGGACGCACUGCUUCCGCUCGCUGCCGGACGUUAACGAUGAUUACCAGCGGCGGUUCUUCGUCGGCUGCCGCUGGGUGUACGAUCCGUUCACCAAGGGGUACGACGAGAUUCGAGGAUUCCUGAUACCACCUUUUAUGGUCGCGACCCAAUUCUUCUACACGCUGUGUGCGAUCGGAGUGCUGGUUUCGAUGAUCCUAGUGCUACUGUUCUUCCUAUGCGCCGGUCCAGAUCAGAAAUUCUUCGUCAAGCUGAUUAGGACAAUUGGCUACCUCAACCUGGGUGCGGGUAUCAGCGGCGGUAUAGGUGUGAUCAUUUUCGCCGUAUUCGGCAACAAGGACAAAUGGAUGCCAGAACACGCCAACAACUGGUUUGGAUGGUCUUUCAUCCUGGCCUGUAUCGGGGCGGUUGCCUGCGGUAUCGCGUCCUCCCUUUUCCUGACCGAAGCUCACGUGCAAGCGAGAAAACGGCGGCAGCUGAAGGAGUCGCAAACCCGGUUCCAGAUUGACAGUGAAACGAAGGCUUGAAUGCGGGCCCCUUAGUGGCCGAGCGCAGAACGACGAAUAUUUUAGGUUAAAAGCGCACAGCGAGAACGUUUUACCUUUGAAAGUUGACAGUACAAUCCAGAGAAAAUGCCUUUUAGCGCGAGCGAGUUACGAACUUUACAAACAAUUUUAAAUACUGAUAUCUGAAUCUGUGUUGCAAUGGAUCGGAACUAGUAUGCAAUUUUACAAUUAUUUUUUGUUUUGUAUGUAACAAUCUGUCGUACUAAUCGAAACGCGAUGCCGUCCAUAAUUAGAAUCUCUAAGUUGAAACAUACGUUUGAAAGUUUACAGUUAAAUGUAAAUAGUUUUUAAGGCAGAACAUUCCACGCAAUAAUUCCCCCUUUGUGCACAGUAAAGUACACUCCAAUUCGUAAUGCCAAAUUAGAUCAGUAACUCAAUCCGGACACUAAUCGCAACGAGUGUCAGCAAACUUAAAAGCACGUGGAUAUUUUAGUGUCGUGGUAACUUACUUCAUUUUAUUGUUUCAAAUAAUUUCCAUCUUUUAUUUCCUUUUUUUUACUAUCAAGAUUCAUCCUUCCAGCCCUUUCUUUCGAGGAAGAACGAAUCAGAUAUGCUGCCUUGAAUAAGAUAACAAGUAAUGCUUUAAGUCCGAAUCAUUGAUUUUGAUGAUAAGCAAAAUUGCGUGAAACUAGUAAGCAAAACGCAGAAUCGCAAUUGGCUCAUUUUUAUUGGCGGAAUAUUUUUUCUCCGGCGCAACAAGUUCUAGGGCGUCUAGUUUUAGUGUAAGUUUUAGAUAAGCAAAAACUUUAAUAGAAAUAUUUUCAUUUGAAUCAAUAAAAAAUGUAUCAGAAA